AUGUUAUGUCCACUGGUUAACCUUAGAUUAUCAGAUCUCACAGGGAGGGCAGACAUUAACGACGAUUAUACCGACAUGCUUCUCGUACUCAGAAAACCUGAUAAUUUCUUUGAAGACUCUUCAUAUGACUCUGACGUAGUUAUAAAUGUACAUAGUGGUGUUCUAAGGGUCGCAUCACCUUAUUUUAACAAAGCAAUAGAUUCUUUACUCGAAAAGAAAUCUAAAUCUAAUGAAGACUUGAGUAAGAAUGUGCCUUUGCAGUUAGUUGUGGAUACUGAAUAUCCUGCAGUGGUCAAGCGUAUAAUAUACUACAUCUACAAGAAUGACUACCAGAACAUGAAUGAAGACCCCAGCUCCCUCAUUCCAUUAUAUGUAGAAAGCGCUCGUUUUAAUCUUGUGGAGCUCAAAAAUAGUGUUGUAAGAUUGAUAAAGUCUCAAGCAUCACUUGAAGACCUUGCAAACCUAGCCUCAGCAGCUGAGUCCGCUGGCGAGUUAGAGUUGGCACAAGAAUGCGGAAGAAUACUGUCAGAUUCAUCAUACGCAAUUUUUUCGAGCGAUUUGUAUUUGAAACUAGGCUAUUCUGCCCUGAAAACGCUGUUACAAAGUGAUAACAUUCAGUUGGAUGAGGUCCAGGUUUUCGCCUCACUCUGCCACUAUUUGGACAGUAAAAAGAACCUAAACUCACCUUACAGCUCUUCACAAAUAGGAACAAAGGAAAAGGAACUAAUAAAGCAUGUAAGGUUUUGCUCAAUGUCGCCGAAGUCUCUCUCUGAGUUUAGAAGAGAAUCUGUAAACACCUUUUUGCUGGACGCAUCAUUGAGGAUUUUAAAUAAAACACAAUUUAAACCAAGAGUUUUUCCAUGGAUGGAAAACGCAGAAUAUAAGACCAUUUGUUAUAAUGGGUUAUUUCCCAUUAUGUUGGUCAGGGUCGGAAAGUUUAAUCUAUCAAACUUAGAUCACGACUCAAGUAACUGUAGAUUAGUGACACCAAUACUUGACACCAAGAAUCAAAAUGAUUCUUACCUAGCCCAUACGCAUGGUAUCUAUAAUUACACAGAUAACAAAUACAAUUUGUAUAUAAAAUAUUUGAUAUCAAUAGGGGUUGAAAGAGAAGGUUGUGAGUUGUUUUGGGCUUUUAAAGUGUCUAGAACAUCUAGUGGAAGGAUCGGUCUUGGACUAACGAUCAACACGGAUAAACCUUUGGACGAACUUUCUAGAUCGACAUUCUCAAAAAUGCCAAAAUCACGCAAAGUAGCAUUCUUCUAUGAUUUCAGCCAAAACAAGUUCAAGUCUGGCUACAUCGAUGAUACCUCAGUUGAACAAAUAUUGAUUAGUUUGGACAUAAAGAAUUUGUGGACCUACGAAUCGAAUAUGAACAGGGCGGUAUAUAAGUUAAAGACCAACGACGUGGUGUACAUCAGAGUCAAUGUCACGUCCACCUGCGUCAACUUUACAAUCUCCGUGGCAAACGUCAAGUUUAAUGAAAAGUUCACCAUACCAGUUGCAUCAAAAAGAACUAUUGGAAACUCAAUCAGGCGCGCCGCUAUAUUAACAUCACCUUUUAUAGUAACGUACGAUGCCGGAGAUUCACUUUUAUUACCUGAACUUACUUCGAAAUUAAUUGUACCAUAA